UUGGAAAGUUUGGAUGGAGUGAGUGGGAAAAGGGAAAGGGGUGUGGCAAGCCCAGAAAGGAGAGGACCACCUACUGGACACAAGAUCACAGCAGUAAGGCUGCUCCUGGGGUCUGAUUCAGAGCAAGAGCAAUAAUCAGGAAUAAACAACAACACAAAAAACAAGAUGGCCUUCCUGCUUAUGUUUGUGACUCUGCUGCAUCUUGUCACCCUGGCCAUGCUGUUCAUCUCUACCAUGGAGAAGUCCUGGUGGGUGUGGGAUGGGUUGGAGAACUCUGACCUGUGGUACAACUGUAGGUAUGAGAACUUCUCAGGAACUUGGUUGUGCGCCUCCUCCAAAGAAACUGAGUGGCUUCAUGCAGUUCAGGUCUUGAUGGUCCUCUCAGUGGUAUUCUCCUCGGUCUCCUUCCUUGUCUUCCUGGGUCAACUUUUCACCAUGUCUAAGGGUGGACUCUUCUACUUCACUGGACUGUGUCAAGUGUUUGCAGGCCUGACAGCCUUGUCUGCAGCACUCAUCUACACAUUACACAACAAGGAAAUCCUCCAGGACAGCAGAGAAGUGACUUCGGGACACUUUGGCUACUGCUUCAUCCUCACUUGGGUGUGUGUGCCUCUCCUGCUGUGCAGCGGCAUCAUUUACGUCCACUUGCGCAAGAAAGAGUGAACGUGCAAAGCAUCAGAGCGUCAACAAUAAUGGAAAAUAUUGAUAAAACUGGGCACAAAUUUUUAAUUUUUGCUUUCUGUGCUUCGGUCAACAGAAUUUUAUUUCUGCAAUGUAAACACACAAUUAUAACUCAAGAGAAUGUUUUUUUUUAGCAAGGGAUUUAAUCCUCAAUAUUUACUCAUAAAAAUAAAAAUACAACUAUAAAUGCUUUA